AUGGAGCAGCUGGAGAGCGAGGUGCCGCCUCUGCCGCUGCGCUUCCGCUUCCGGGACCUGCUGCUCGGGGACCAGAGCUUCCAGAACGAUGACAGGGUGCAGGUCGAGUUUUACGUGAAUGAAAACACCUUCAAGGAGCAACUGAAGCUUUUCUUCAUCAAAAAUCAAAGAUCGAGCCUCAGGAUCCGAGUGUUCAACUUCUCCCUGAAGCUGCUCACCUGUCUGCUCUACAUCAUCAGAGUGGUCACGGACAACCCCGGUCAGGGCGGCAGCCAUAGCCUGAUCUUCUGGGUGGACAGAAAGGUUCCUGUCUGGGCCAUUCAAGUGAUUGUGGCCAUCAUAAGUUUCCUGGAGACUAUGUUACUAAUGUAUUUGAGCUACAAGGGAAACAUUUGGGAGCAGACUUUCCAGGUGUCCUUUCUUCUGGAGAUGCUCAACACAGUCCCCUUCAUCAUUACAAUCUUCUGGCCGUCCAUACGGAACAUCUUCAUCCCCGUGUUCCUCAACUGCUGGCUCGCCAAAUGUGCUCUGGAGAAUAUGAUCAAUGAUGUGCACAGAGCCAUCCAGAGGACCAACUCAGCCAUGUUCAACCAGGUCCUUAUUCUCAUCUGCACCUUGCUCUGCCUGGUCUUCACUGGCACUUGUGGAAUCCAGCACCUGGAGCGAGCGGGCAAGAACCUCUCCCUCUUCAAUGCCUUCUACUUCUGCAUCGUCACCUUCUCCACCGUGGGCUUCGGAGACGUCACCCCCCGCAUAUGGCCCUCCCAGCUGCUGGUGGUCAUCAUGAUCUGUGUGGCGCUGGUGGUGCUGCCUCUUCAGUUCGAGCAGCUGAUCUACCUGUGGAUGGAGAGACAGAAGUCUGGAGGGAACUACAGCCGCCACAGGGCGCAGACAGAGAAGCACGUCGUACUGUGCGUCAGCGCGCUCAAAAUAGAUCUGCUCAUGGAUUUUCUCAAUGAGUUCUAUGCCCACCCAAGGCUGCAGGAUUACUACGUGGUGAUCCUGUGCCCAAGUGAAAUGGAUCUCCAGGUGCGGAGAGUUCUGCAGAUCCCUCUGUGGUCCCAAAGAGUCAUCUACCUGCAAGGGUCCGUUCUCAAAGACCAGGAUCUGCUGAGAGCCAAGAUGGACGACGCCGAGGCUUGUUUCAUUCUGAGCAGUCGUAACGAGGUAGAUCGCAUGGCUGCGGACCAUCAGACCAUCCUGAGAGCCUGGGCCGUGAAGGACUUUGCUCCAAACUGUCCCCUGUACGUCCAAAUACUUAAACCUGAGAAUAAGUUCCAUGUUAAAUUUGCAGAUCAUGUUGUUUGUGAGGAGGAGUUCAAAUACGCCAUGUUGGCUCUCAACUGUGUUUGUCCCGCCACCUCCACCUUGGUCACACUCCUCGUUCACACCUCCCGUGGAAGAGAAGGACAGCAGUCUCCUGAGCAGUGGCAGAGGAUGUACGGCUGUUGUUCCGGCAACGAGGUCUACCACAUCCGACUGUGCGACAGCAAGUUCUUUGGAGAGUAUAGCGGCAAAAGCUUCACGUAUGCCUCCUUUCAUGCUCACAAGAAGUAUGGCGUGUGUCUGAUUGGUAUAAAGAGGGAAGAGAACAAAAGCAUCCUGCUGAACCCCGGCCCACGCCACAUAAUGGCUGACACCGACACCUGCUACUACAUCAACAUCACCAAGGAGGAGAACUCAGCCUUCAUCUUUAAACAGGAGGAGGGGAAGGGCUGCCCCACCGGGGGGAUCUUCGACGGACCCUUGCAGCUUCCUGUGCACAGCAUCAUCGCCAGCAUGGGCACUGUUGCCAUGGAUCUUCAGAAUACGAGUCCACCCGACAGCUCAGUUGGUAAACUGGUCCCACCCAGUGUGAACGGGACAGGGAGCCGCCGGCCCAGCAUCGCUCCGGUCCAGGAGCUCGCCGACUCCUCCUCACUUCUGCCGUGUGACCUCCUCGCCGACCAGUCAGAGGAUGACUCAGUCUUCACGGAUGAGAAAGACCAGUCAUCUCCUGAGUAUGUGAAAGGUUAUCCCCCCAACUCCCCGUACAUCGGGAGCUCGCCCACCUUGUGCCAUCUGUUGGCUGAAAAAGCCCCGUUCUGCUGCCUACGACUGGACCAGGGCUGCAGGCACAACAGUUUUGAGGAUGCUAAGGCGUAUGGUUUUAAAAACAAACUCAUCAUAGUGUCGGCUGAGACUGCCGGGAACGGCCUCUACAACUUCAUAGUGCCUCUCAGAGCUUAUUACCGGCCCAGGAAAGAGCUCAACCCCAUCGUCCUGCUGCUGGACAACCCGCCAGAUAAUCACUUUCUGGAGGCCAUCAGCUGUUUCCCUAUGGUUUACUACAUGGCUGGGACCAUAGACAACCUUGACAGCCUGCUGCAGUGUGGAAUCAUUUACGCAGAUAAUUUGGUUGUUGUGGAUAAGGAGAGCACAAUGAGUGCCGAGGAGGACUACAUGGCUGAUGCCAAAACUAUCGUCAAUGUGCAGACGAUGUUCAGGUUGUUUCCCAGUCUCAGCAUCAUCACAGAGCUCACCCACCCGUCCAACAUGAGAUUCAUGCAGUUCCGAGCGAAGGACUGCUAUUCACUGGCUCUCUCCAAGCUGGAGAAGAAAGAGCGCGAUAAAGGCUCCAACUUGGCCUUCAUGUUCCGACUCCCCUUCGCUGCAGGCAGAGUAUUCAGUAUCAGCAUGUUGGACACGCUGCUCUAUCAGUCUUUUGUGAAGGACUACAUGAUCCUUAUUGCGAGGCUGCUGCUAGGACUGGACACCACUCCAGGAUCAGGGUACCUCUGUGCUAUGAAGGUGAGUGAGGAGGAUCUGUGGAUCAGCACCUAUGGACGACUUUUCCAGAAACUUUGCUCCUCUAGUGCCGAAAUUCCCAUUGGGAUCUACCGGACCGAGUCUCACAUUUUCUCUUCGUCUGAGUCUCAGGUGUCAGUCAGUGUGGACGACUGCGAGGACACCAAGGACAAGGGGGACGAGGCUCGCAGCAACGACCAGUCCGAUCACCCCCUGCUGAGGAAGAAGAGCAUGCAGUGGGCCCGGCGGCUCAGCAAGAGAAGCGGCAAGUGGCAGGGGCCGAGCCGGGACUCGAGCAGGGACCACGCCCAGCGCAUCGCCCAGCAGCGCCUCAACCUGUACCGGCGCUCCGAGAGGGAGGAGCUGUCCGAGCUGGUCCGCAACCGCAUGAGGCACCUGGGCCUCCCCACCUCCGGAUAUGAUGAACAGAAUGAUCAUCAAAACACCCUCUCAUAUGUCCUGAUAAACCCUUCUCCGGACACCAGGCUGGAGCUCAACGACAUCGUGUAUCUGAUUCGUUCGGACCCUCUGGCCCACGUCCCUGAUGAACCCCCCGCCCACAGCAGCAGCUUGAAGGAGAUGCACGAGUCCGGCCUGGACACCAGAGAGGACACGCAGCUCUAA